UUUUAAAAUGUCAAAAGAAGACGCCAAGGCGAUCCCUGUAAGGGUGGCUCUCCGGUGCCGCCCUCUUGUCCCCAAAGAAACGGAGGAGGGUUGCCAGAUGUGUUUGUCUUUUGUCCGUGGACAACCUCAGGUAAUUUGGGGUAACGACAAACCUUUUACCUACGACUAUGUGUUUGACCCUUUUACUGAGCAGGAGGAAGUAUUCAAUACCUGCAUUGCUCCCCUUGUGAAAGGCAUUUUUAAAGGUUACAAUUCCACAGUUCUGGCCUACGGGCAGACGGGGUCUGGGAAGACCUAUUCUAUGGGAGGGGCCUACACAGAGGACCAAGGGAAUGACCCCACUGUUGGAGCCAUCCCCCGAGUGAUCAAACUGCUCUUUGGCGAAAUGGAACGGAGCGUGGACUGGCAGUUUUCCCUGAAAGUCUCCUAUUUAGAGGUCUACAACGAAGACAUCUUGGACCUCUUGGCCCCGCCCAGAGAACGUUCAGCUCAGAUCAGCAUACGUGAAGACCCCAAGAAAGGCAUAAAGAUUGUGGGAUUGACCGAACACGUGGUGACCAGUGCUAAAGAGACGGUCGUCUGCCUGGAACAGGGGAACAAUUCUCGGACGGUGGCUGCCACACCAAUGAACACGCAGUCGUCCAGGUCCCACGCCAUCUUCACCAUUUUAAUAGAACAGAGAAGCAAGCAGGACGUGAAUCUCAGCUUCAAUUCCAAGCUGCACCUCGUGGACUUGGCAGGUUCAGAAGGACAAAAGAAGACCAAAGCAGAAGGAGAGCGGCUGAAAGAAGGAAUUAAUAUCAACAGAGGACUCCUCUCCCUGGGAAAUGUCAUCAGUGCUCUCGGGGAUGAAUGUAAGCACAUCCCUUACAGGGACUCGAAGCUCACACGCCUCUUGCAAGAUUCCUUGGGGGGCAACAGCCACACUCUGCUGAUCGCCUGCGUGAGCCCGGCGGAUUCCAACACGGAAGAGACUCUGAACACGCUUCGCUACGCCGACAGGGCCAGGAAAAUAAAGAACAGACCUAUAGUGAACGUUGACCCCAAGGCAGCAGAGAUCGACCAGUUAAGACUGCAGGUUCAACAGCUCCAGGUCUUACUCCUGCAGGCUCAUGGUGGAACGCUGCCAGUGUCUAUUGGCGGAGACCCCUCAGAAAACCUGCAGUCCCUGAUGGAAAAAAACCAGGCCCUGGCGGAGGAGAACGAGAAACUGAGCUGUGGCUUGAGUGAGGCCUCUGGUCAGAUCGCCCAGAUGCGCGAGAGGAUAAUUAUACUGGAGCAGCAGCUCGAGAAGACCAGUGCUAAGAUGGAGGAGCUCCGGCAGCACGAAGCGCUGAACCUGGAUCUACAGAAAACACUCGAGACGCUGGAGGACGAUGAGCUAAAACAUCAAGUGACGUCGUUCUGCAGCCUGCAGCAAACGAUUGCCCGGCUACAGUCUGCAGAAGCUGACCUCAGCGAUCAGAGCUCCUCAGAGAAAGACGCCACCCGUCACGCUCUGCACCAGGCUCAGAUGUCCAAAGAACUGCUCGAGCUCAACAAGUCCCUGGCUCUGAAGGAAGCCUUGGCGAAGGAGAAGACGCAGAACGACAGCCAGUGCCAGUUCCAGCUGGUCUCCUCCAGAGUGGAGGGCGGGAAGUUGGAGAACUGGCUCCAGCAGAGCAAAGCCACCUGUUCUGACCUCCACAAGAAGCUGCUGGAAGAGCGGAAGGUGGCGGCUGAAAUUGAAGCGGCGCACGAGAGCCAGAUGGUCCUGGUGGAGCAGCAGCAUCAAGAGAAGGUUCUGUCCCUGCUCAGCCAGAUACAACAGAAAGAAGAAGCGGAGAAGAAGCUGGAGACCUCCGUUUCAGAACAAGAGCAGCAGCUUCUAGAACGCCUCAAAUUCCAGGAUGAGGAGCUGGCAAAAAUGAGGGAAGUCUUUGAGAAGAACCAGGAGCUCUGCAAAGAGCUGGAAGCCGCCAAGCAGAAACUGAGGAUUCUCCAAGCUGCCAGCGGCCAGAAAAUCUGCAAUAUUCUGCCAACAGUUGCAGAAGCACCUGAGUCUCCUUCCGAUUACAUUCCACGCAAGGUUUUGAAGCCCUUCCCCCCAGAGCCACUUGAUACCACCUCCUACUUCGCUCUGGGAAACCUGGACGCUGAGAUCCGACUGCCGGGGGGUGAAGAAAAGGCGGAAGCUGCUCCUGAGCAGCGCCAGUAACUAUUUUGCCGGCUGCACCCCGGUUAAAGAGGACUUGCACGGCGGGGAAGAGGGACCA